ACACUUCUGGAGUUCUUAAAGACCCAGAGACAGACUACACACUGUCACAACACACUGAGCAACAGUUAUGGAGAGCUUUAAUUUGCAACAAUUUACCUCAGAUAUGAAUAUUAACUGGACGCCGAUAUUUGCAGCCACAGUUUGCGGUACAGGUGCCUUAAUUCUCUGCUGGAAAUGGAGAAAUAACCAGAAGAUUCAGAAGAAAAUACUAAACGCACGGAAAAGACGUGAUAAAUCACUUCAACGGGCUGAACAAGCAGUGCAACAAUUUAAAAUACAGAACCCAGACUUUGAGAGCAGUUCAAUAGUGUCUCUGUCUUUGUCGGAGCUCACUGGGAGACUCGAGGAAGGCUCCCUGCAGCCGGAUGCGGUUCUACAUGCUUUUAUGGAAAAGGCUCUGGAGGUGAACAAGAAUCUGAACUGCGGCACUGAGAUCUUAAUGGAGUCUGUGGCGCAACUGAAGGAAAUCAACACUCAAAAGAAAGGUCUUCUGUACGGAGUGCCGAUCAGCAUCAAGGACAACGUUGGAUAUAAGGGUCAUGAUUCUUCAUGUGGUGUUGUGGGUAAUUUGGAUCAGCCUGCAGUCAUGGACAGUGUGGUGGUUACAGUGCUAAAGAAACAGGGCGCCAUCCCGUUCAUCAAGACCAACAUACCACAAGGCCUUCUCAGUUAUGAAUGCAGUAACCCCAUUUAUGGGCAAACCUUGAACCCCUGCAACUUCCAGAAGACGCCUGGCGGUUCAUCUGGAGGAGAGGGAGCUCUGAUUGGAGGAGGCGGAUCUAUCCUGGGCAUUGGCACUGACAUUGGAGGGAGCGUUCGUAUUCCAUCAGCCUUCUGUGGGAUUUGUGGAUUUAAGCCCACAUCGAAGAGGCUAAGUGGACAAGGAAUCGGUUCUUGUGUCAAAGGCCAGAAGUCAGUGUUGUCCUCUCUUGGCCCGUUGGCAAGAGACGUCGAGAGCGUGGCUCUGUGUUUGCGGGCUCUACUUUGCCAAGAUAUGUUCACAUUGGAUCCCACUGUUCCUCCCAUACCAUUCAACCAAAAGGUGUAUGAGAGCUCAGAGCCCCUGAGGAUUGGUUAUUAUGAGAACAAUGGUUUGCAGCAGCCGUCUCCAAGCAUGGCCAGGGCCUUCAGGGAGACUAAAGCCCUGCUGGAGAGAGCGGGGCACACGCUUGUUCCUUUCCCACCUCUACGGCUCUACGAAGUCUUCCAUGAGUUUGCUUAUAAAGGGGUCAUGGCUGAUGGAGGCGGGACCUUCUACAGUCAUCUGAAGUCCGGCCCCAUUGACCCGUCUGUCCGGGAUCAGGCCGCCAUGUUGAGCGUCCCAGGCUUCAUAAAGAAGAUACUCUCUGUUGUUCUGAAGCCUGUUUGUCUGCGUUUGUCUGCAAGCCUGAAAGCAACUGCUGGAGUUGGGUCUGUAGCAGAAUUGUGGAGACAGCACGUAAAUAUUGAGGAAUACAUCGAUGAGGUGAUAGCGGAGUGGAGGAGACUGAAUGUGGACGUUUUGUUGUGCCCUAUGAUUGGACCAGCCUACAAUUUCCAUUACGCCGGCCAUCUCACUAGUCCUCUCAGCUACACAUCUCUGUACAACCUGCUGAACUUCCCAGCCGGGACCGUGACCGUGUCUACAGUGACGGAAGAGGACGAGGCACAGCUCAGUCAGUAUAAGGGUGUCUAUGGGGACAUGUGGGACAAACUCUUCGUUAAGGCAGUGAAGGAUGGCGUAGGUCUCCCUGUGGCAGUUCAGUGUGUAUCUCUACCAUGGCAGGAUGAAAUGUGUCUGCGCUUUAUGAGAGAGGUGGAACAGCUCACAGCCAGAAACUAACGAUGACUGAGAUUCAGCUGCGUAUGUUUCUGAGCUGCACGGUUCAGUCGAAGGGGAGUCAUGAAUCUGAACC